AUGGCGGAUCCUUCAAAUUGCCGAAAGGAUCUGUCUUCUGAGUGUCGUUCUGGCUACAGCUCUGACAACUGCGGCCCUGAUUCCGCUUCUUCAUCGUCUUCACGUGUCUCUCCUGGUGGCGGAGUUCCUGCUCGUCGACAGCCGAGCGUCUUCAAACUUAGUGCGUCAACGACACCUCUAGAUCUUUCUGCUUCCUCGUUCCGCCCUUCCGGUCGAACGCGUGCCUCGCGGAUCGAGGACGACUUCUCGCUUGAGGCGGGAAACGCGGUGACUCCGAGCAGGUCUCCCACUCCGAGGUCUUUCUUUGCCUCGGCGAAGAGCACGCGUUUCGCCCUGAAUCCGUACGAAGCAGAAGAACAAGCGAAUGCAGAGAGACAUGGAUCUCCAUUCGCGUCUGACGGUUUCCCGGGGGUCGGCGGAGUGUUCGAGAAAAGCAAGGCAGACGCUGAGAUCGCUCAGUUGGCGAUCCGAGAAACCGAGGAAGACGGCUCGCUCUCUGCGUUCGUCCUCGGAAGUGUCGUUGAACGAAACGCUUCGUCUGAAAGUUCGACGGGGCCAUCCGUGAUAUCUACCGCCAGCGCAAGCGACUCUCUAUCAGCUUCGUUGAGCCGGCCGGAGUCAGCACCUGCAGCCGGGGGUGGCCAAGGUCCGCGCGCGACUUCAUCGACGGUGCCUUCGUACGCGGCUGUCGAAGCUCCUUACGGCUUUCCGGUGCCUGUCCACCGUUCAUUGCUGUCUCGGCGAGACGAGAGCGAAGCUGGAGAAGCAGUGCCAAGGCUCGAGGGUGUCUGUCGGCCAGCUGGAGAGGCAGGAGGAGGACGCGCCCCAAGGGGACAAGAAGACGCAGGCGCUCCCGGAGGUUGGCGUCUAAGCAAGAAAGCGUUUGAAGAAAUUGAAGACCACAACCUCGAAAUUCUGAGGCGCAUGCAACCCCACGAAAUUCGAGAGGCGCAGGAAGAGAUCCUCCAGCGUUUCGGAACGAAACGGUUUGCAGUUCUCCAGAGACGUGCACUUAGGCGGGCACAGGCGGUCCAAAGAGGUGGGGGAGGCGACGCAGGCGCUGGCGACUCCACUCGUGGGGUAGGGGACCGGGGAACAGCGCAGGGGAAGGACGGUGAAGGGCGAUCCCUUCAAGCGCCUGGCGCAUCGACUGGUUGUCCAGACGGAGAAGGCAUCAUCAGGAUGUCGACGAAGGACCGUCAUGGUGGAGCCACCCCGUCAAUGUCGCCUUCUGCAGCGUGUUCCUCUGUCUCUCCGUCUUGCAUCAGGUCGUCUGCCUCGUCCGCACUCCCAGCUUCAUCGUCGUCGGCCUCCUUCGCGCUUCCUGGUGGCGGGAAGUGCAUUCUGGAGUGGAGCGUGGAUCCACGUGUCUUGUCGGAGAAAGCUGGCGUGAAGCAAAGGAUUCAGAACCCUGCAAGUGCCUCCGCAUUCGUCAGGGACGAAGAAAAGCAAGCGGGAGGGAAGUGUGGCACCACAAAGAGUACGCAAAGCGCGCAGCGCAUUUCGCCGGAGACGGCGGUGUCGGGCGCCUCACCGGGAGUUCAGGAAGAUGCAAAACCGAGAGGAGCAAAGAGUUAUGUGCGCUUCGACAUCCAGGAGGCUGCGAAGCUUCAGUGGGCGAAUCCUCUUGGCGAUGAGGACGCCCACGGGGGACCUGUGGAGGAAGCCGGUGAAGAAGAAUGGGGCGAAGCGGAGGUGAAAGCGAUUGCCACGGGCUCAGCGAGGCCACGAAAGACACCGGAACGACGCAUUCGCAUUGAGCGGCUUCGGUUCGACUUUGAUGGAAAGCUUCGGAGUCAGGUCUUCGCAUUUCAGGCUCUUUGGCAAGCAGCGUACUUGCUUCAGCAAAUCGACAAAGCGGCCUUCUCGUCGGAGGCACUCUCGGUUCGCAGUCUUCGUGAUUUGGUUCCCGCAGACCCUCUAGAGUACCACCGGGGUCUCCAUCACCACGGAGACGAAGCUGCGCUCCCCGGUUAUACUCUGGGCGAGCUGUUUCAGCUGGCUCAGAGCGCCAGCCGCCCGCAGGCCGCGCUGGCUGUUCGUACACUAGGUGCCGUGCUUCGGCAGUCUCGGACGCUCGUUUGUCUCCGUCGCUGGAGGGGAGCAAGCCCUACGGCGAUUCGGGGAGGCACGGGGACGGCUCGCGGCGACCCGGCGUGUGAAUGCGAAAGCGAGUUUACUUCUGUUUUAGCUUCCGUGUAUCUCGGAGGCGCUACUGAGAAGGGAAAGGCAAGCGGAGAAACGUUUCCGCUUCUGCCACGCCUCGCCCUCUCCGACUCUGCCUUCGUCUCAGCUUUCGGCGUAGGUUUCCCGAGGUGGAGACGGUUCGUCUUUCGAGAUCUGUUCCUCUGCUGGAGGCUCGCGUCUCUCCUUCAGCAGCAGACGCCUGCAAUGCACCGGGCGGCCCUAGUCGCCCUCGACGCUGCCGUCUCUGUCCCUACGCGCGACGAGACGGUUGUGCUCGCCGACGUUUGGAGGCGCGGGGACGGCGCCGAAGAGAGUGGAGAACGGGGAGGAGGCGCAGGACGAGGACACGGAGAGGACGGCGAGGAUGGAGAGACUGGCGAUGGCGAGGGCGAGUUCCGCUGGCGAGGCGUUGUCUGGGGGGGCAGCCGGUCGUUCCCGUUUUUUCUCGAAACGUGCAGGAAGAGCGCACAAAGGGCCGCGCGAACGCGCGGCAACGACGAGGCCGCUCCAGAGCACCCCAUACCGUCGCGGGUCUCUGCAGACGCCACAGAGGCCAACACAGCUGACUUCCUCAACCGCGGAGAAGGCCAAAUGUCCGCGUCUGGCCCAUGGCUUCACUCUGGGCGACGCGCGAUCGCCGGCGAAGCAGGCGAAGGCGGAACAGGAAAGAAAAGAGAAGCACAGGAUACAGCUUCCGCCGCUUCGUCGCCAGGCCGAAGGGAGGGAACCUCAGAUCCGCAGAAGCAGGCAGUCGCCGACCGCGUGUGCUUGUAUGGCUUAGGGGGCUUCGACCUGGUUGAGGAAGGAGAUAUUGGAUUUCCUCUGUUGACGUUCGCCGGGCCCGGUGGCGGAGAAGAAGAGAAGACGGGGUGCGGGGGCGCAUGCACGUUCUGGCAAGCUCUGUGCCUGCGCGUACGAGCGCACCAACGCAGGAUGAGCUGUCACGAGACCGAGGAGCCACAGGACCCGCGACCCCGACGGGUUCAGUUCUCGGCUCCAGAUGGGGACUCUGCUGAGGAGAACCCCACCUCCGAGGACGAGGAAGACGUCUCGAUCGCUGAGCUCUUCUUCCGCCAUCCGAUCUCUUCUCUCCUCACGUACAGUCCUCUUUUAGAUCGCCUGUCUCUCUUUUUCUCCACCUACGAGGGAGACGAGGAAAUCGAGCGCAGCUGUCUCCGUCUGCUGCUCGCUUGUUCGCUCCUCGGCCCCUCGGCAGCCGAGCAGAUCGUCCGUCAUCCUGCGCUUUUGCAGCGCCUUCAGCACCUGGCGCAGAGCCUCAUUGUCGGCUCGAGUGCCCGCGGGCUUCGUAUCCAGCGCCAGGGCGCCGCUCGGGCUUCGACCUCGAAAGGCUGCGACGCUUCGGCGGCCAACAGACCUCAACACCUGACUCCUGGUGAGGUGUAUGGGCACAUGCUGUCCACGAAAAAGGCCGAAGCUACAGCCCUGGUGGAGCGCUGUGGGACGCCGCUAUCUGUGGCAGAACGCAGGGUACUCCUUGACCUCCUUCGCUUGCUUCGGUGUGUCGCUCGGUGGGGAAACGUUCAACUGCCCGCAAGCGAUGGGGACGUCGACGCAGGAGAAGCUCUAUGGGGGGAGGCGUCUUCCACAGUUUGGGCGUUGAUCAACCAGAGCAUCAUGGAGGGCGCAUCUGUCGUCCCACGACUAGAUGGAAAGCGCGAGCGGACUCACAACGAACAGGGAGAACAACUGGCCGAACCAGAGUUAACUCGACUCCACGAUGACGCCGCGCAGGGGACACGUUUAACUGAUGGUCCUUCUUCCGAAGCGCGUCCGACUCACCUCGCGUCUGUCGAUCGCUCUGGAAGCUUGUCGGCUGUCCGCACACCGGUAGCGGAAGCCUGGGGCGGCUCAGAAACAUUUCGGACUGAGGUCCAGCAGCUUCUGGCGGCAGCGGAAGCGCUUCGUGUCAUGCGCGUCGCCGUUUCUCGGUCUGGGAAACCUGACGAAUUCGCCGUGUUCUUUCCGGUUCUUUCCACGUAUGCACACCAGUUCGCAACUGUCCUACAACAGGUCUAUGGCGAGGCACUCCUCCUACGUCUUCUCUUGGAAACGACCGCGUCGUCGCUUCCACCCCAAGAACAAGGACCCGGAACCACGUGCGAGUUGCUUCCACCGACAGCCGCCUCUCCGCUGGCUUGUUCGCUCCCUCCUUCCUUGCCUCCUGGUCUGGGCGGGUCCGCGCGCAAACUGUCGCAGCAGGUGGCCUCCCUCGACCUGCAGGCGGAGACGAUCUGGACGUUCCAUGGUAGUGUCGCGAGAGAAGUGUUCCUCUGGGCAGCUCUCAGUCUGGAGAAACGGAGGCGCGACAGGCGCGACGAACGGGAACGGCUUCCCCUCUCUGGCAUGGAGGGUGCAUCGCUUCUAGGCCCCGUUCCCGUGCUUCUUCGCCUCUUUUGGCAGUUGAAGCCUCACGCCUCGUCGCUCCCUUCGCGCGCUGCUUUCCGCGUCGUCCAGACUGCGCUUCAGCUCGCUUCCGCCGGCGCGUCGCAGGUUCUUCGGUCGCUUCUUCCGGCUCCUCGAAGCAAGACCAGCCUUAGCGGCCGCUGCGCAGCCCCUGCGCGGGCAGAAAAAACCCGCACAAAAGCAAAGACAAACAAACGCGACGGACCAGCCGGUUUGCCGGCUUCUGUUUCCGCCGGGGCCACCUACGGGAACGUCGGGAGUCUGUCGCCAAUGAACAGCAGCACGAAGAAGGGCGAGGAUGGAGAACCAUCACUGUCGGAUAACGGGUCGAAAGCGAGCUUCAGCUCGGCGAGCGCGUCCGAGAAGCAGGCGCUGGCGGGCGACGGAAAGCAAGAUGCCAAGAGCUGCCGGGAAGAGAGUGAAGGGAAGAGCAGAAACCAGACAGCGAGGGUGGCGUGGACCAGAGACGAGGAGCUCCUUUUCUUCCGAUGGCUGCGUUCGUCCCGUCCCAUUUUGGACGCACUCCUUUGUGAGACUCGUGAAGAGUCUUCGUCUUUGGGUUCAAUAUUCUCACCGAAGCGUGAACGCGAAGACACGUGGAACUCCCAGAGCACAGCGUUUCCCUCGCCUGGCGUCCCCUGUAUUCAAGUUAUGAAGCAAAUGGCUGUGAAGCUAAACUGGAACGGCGACCGAGCCGGCCUUGCAGCCAGCUUCACCGCGUACGCCGUGGAAACUGGUUGGGCGUCAGGAAUCCGAUGUUGUUGUCAGAGACACGGCGCGGAUGUGAGGAGCGCUGGAAAAGAGACGGGGACCAAACAUACGGAGACUCUUGGGGACGAGAAUGAGACAGCCGACAGCGCUGUGGCGCGGCGCCGGGCGUCGCAGUGCUGGCGAGGCGGCAUUCCCGCCACCAGUGAGAAUUUUGCUUCGCUUCCUUUGGAGAGGGAAAGUUCAUUCGUUGCUGGCCACCGGUGCAACGCCGCUGGCUCGCUGACCCGGGAACAAGGCUUCGGCGAAGAGCAGGCGGAGAGUGGAGCCACUGAGGAGACGGUUUCGCUUUCAUCGUCGCCGUUUUCGUGUGACAAGACGGCGUCUUGUUCAAGGCCUUCCUGCAAGCCGACCGCUUUCCGAGGAGAAUGCAGUGAUCAUGCGUGUCUGUUUGACCACGGUCGCAAGAACCUCGAAGCGAAUCGCCGGAACGCUCUGCCUCAUGACAUUGAGAGGAUCUUAACGGAGGCACGCUUCCUCGUCACUGUCUCGGAAUUCCUUUCCAUGGCCAUCUACCUCGUGCGCCGCGCGUCUACUUUGGCUGCCGCUCCACGCGCUGCUUCGCAAGGUCCGGACGGUGCGACCGAACGUGUCUUUGAAGAUGUCUUUCCGCCGAGGCUGCUUCGCGCUCUCGGCAUUUCCGCCACAUCGCUGUGUCGCAGUUUGAACGCUUUCCUGCUCGCUCUGUUCCAGCACCUGCGGUGGCCAGAGCCUCUGGUGGGGCGCCGGCGGCGCCUGGAUGCCUGCGGCUCGAUUUUGGCCUUUCGCGGUAAGAAAGCUGAGAAGUCCGAAAGUCGAGGGAUUGCCUCUGCGUCUGGAUCCGCUUCAGCUUCAUCCGGCGUCUCACCUUCUUCGGCUCCUCCUCUGCGCUCUCAUGAAGCGAGUGCGUGCUCCGGGCCCCUGCUCCUCUUCGAUAUUCUGGCACGUCUCAUGCUCGCGCUCCUCGGCCUGCGGCGCCUCUGCACCGUCACAGCCUCUGCGCUCGCGAAGGAAGAGGAAGGACAAGAAGACGCCAGCGAGGCGGGCUACGGGGCAACCCUCUGGACUGCACGCGAAGAACAAGAGUGUCUCUUGGCGGCGUUUAGCGCAGCGACGACCUCUCACACGUUUCUCAAGUGUACUGUCUCUCUAUAUUCGAAUACCGUUUUCGCAACCGGGACUUCGGAAAGACUCCAGACCUGCAUGCCCUCUGAGCUCUAUCUGCCACGCAGCGUGGGAAGGAAGACGCCCAACAGCGCAGGUCAAAGCGAGGGCGAAGAAGGCGGAAACGGAAAAGCUGAAAGAGGACAGCUUCUCUGGAAGGGCGACCAGGACGAAUGGAGGCAGAAGUGGAUAGCUGCAGCCGCCGAAUGGUUCGUCCUUUGUUUCCCUCCUUCCGGAGGCACCUCCCCGCACGGAGUCGCUCGUCAGAGAUUCCCGGGACCCGUCUCCUGCAAGAAGGAAAAUUCGCGCCACAACGGUGUCUCGUUCGCGACCGUUUAUCGCGCACUCUCAGCUGUCAUCACAGAAGUCGACGCCAGACAAGAGGACGAAGCAGCCGAGGCAGAAUGCGAGGGCGGAGCAGUGGCGAGACGUCAGGAGAGCCUUUGCCCGGCGCCUCUGUGUCUCCUUCAGUCCCUCGAUGACCUGUGCAGCUCCUGCAGCAGCGUCUCUGCCAACGUUGGAGAGGAUGAGGCGGCGUACGAGCACACGGAGGAGCGAAGUGUAGAUGCAACACAGCGUGAGGGAAGCAGUGAAGAUAAGGCCUCACGCGAGACCCUUCACGGGGAACUGCCGUGCGUUCCUCUAUUUGUGUCUCCGCUUGACGCGCUCGUCGGGGGGAGCUUGUGGGGCUCGCUAGGUCUCCAUACCUCUUCUUCCUCUUGUUCUGGGGUACCUGGGUCUGGCAUGCCUGACACAAAAAGUGUGGGACAGGACGGGAAGGACGCAGCAGACCGAGGCUACGACAGGGCGUUUCCACUCGUCUUCCUUCUGCGUGCCGCGCCGCACCUUGUCGAGGAUCUAGGACACUAUUUCCCUCCUUGCCUUCUCCUCUCGGGCCUUCUUCUCUUCUACACAGAACCGAGUAUUGCAAACGGCGUGGCUGGUCUCUGCCGGGUACGUGCUUCUUCGCGGUGCUGCCACUCCGUGGAUCCAAAUCCCCAGGGAGAGCGCCCGCAACAGCAGUUGGAAGAUCUCUGGUGGUUACUUGACGCAUGGGUUUUGCAGCCUCUUGGGAAGGCCUCGAUGUAUGGCCAUUUGCUUGAAGCCGAUCCGCUUUCCCAUGCAGUGGUCCCAGGAACAGACCAAGGCAAAGGAACGGAGGCUGCAGAGAGCAAGGCGCAGAAGGAAAGCAGUGUAGAUGGCACGACAUGCGAUCCGUCAGCGUCGCCGCAAACGCUAGACCGGCCAGGAAUGCGGGGUGAAGGCCAGUCAUCUCUUUCUUUCAGCGACGCGUUCAUGACGAUCUGGAAAGCUGUCUCGGCGAGGAGCCUGGAAGAGGCGGAGGCAUGUAUAGACAACGCUGUUGUGCUUGCACUACGAACGAAGAAGUGUGGGGAGACCAGCGGACUGGAACGAGACUUUGAGAGGUGUGGAGAAGAGCACGAUGGAGAGGAAGGCCGGUAUUCAGGUGUCGACCUGCUGUGUCCGCAGUCCAAGCGUAGAUCAUCUGCCGCCCCUAAUGCCUCUGACAAGAUGAGUGCCGCGUCUCGCGCUUCACCUCCGACUGCGUUUCCUCUCUGCUGCGCAAAAGCUCACGAUGUUUUGCUCACGCGAGCCGCCCGGCUUGUCCUCAGGGCCCAAACAAGCGAAGAGACUUCUGACCCUGUUCUCUUCCUUCUUCUGUGGCUUCUCGCUUUCUCGCCUGCGUUCCCUGUUGAGUGUCGACGCCUGACCCUCUCUGAAGGCGGCAUCCUCACUCUCGCAGAUCGCACGUUCUUUCUCUCGCUUGGGGGAGCAGCCGAUACAGUCGGUGACGGAACGGAAGAAGACGGAGAAGACGCUUGUGGGGCCGGAAGGAGGCCGUACGAAGGCGAGAAGGCGGGAAAUCAAAUGGAGGCUCAGGCAGACGAGGGGGGGAACCCGAAACUCAGAGAAGCAUCAUCGGCCGAGCCAAACGCGGGCGACGUGAGGAAAACGCUCAGGGGAAGCCAUCCGUCGUGGGGGGUCAUAACGCCCCACGGCAGCGGGCUCUGGGGCCUUCGUGAGGCAAGUUGGUGGCUGAUGAGGCCAGGUGGAUUUCCUCCAGAAGCGAGGGACGAGCUGUUGACUUGUUAUCGAUCCUUCCUUCGGGCGCGCCUCUCUCAUGGAUUCCUGUUCUUCCCUGAGAGCGCCGCGCUGCUCUGCUCAAACACGUCUGGUGUCAACCCGAACAAAAGCACAGGGCGCGAUGGAGGGUAUCCACUUCAAGGUCUCCUGACAGUCCAAGCGUUAGCCGCGCUGGUCCGGGUCGAGCUCGGGACCUUCCCCGCAGAUUCGCCCUUCGUGGCGCCUGACGCGAGUGAGAAGGAGGAGGAGCUCUCGGAAAGUUCUCGCCGAGAGCUUGGUUUGGCUGCAUACCGUAAAACUCGCGAUAACGUUUUGUGUGUGGUCAGACGGCUCGUGUCUGUGUUGGGGGCGAACUCCACUCCUGGCGGUCCCGAAUUCACCGAGUUACGUAACAUUGACUCGCUUGUGCGUCAGUUGAGCGAGGCAGUUCAAGGUCUGUUUGACCUCGAACACAUCGCUAGGAAGUGUGGCAUUCCUGGUGUUCGGUGUAGAAUGCGCACACAGAAAGGAUUUGUUCUCCCUGCGAGAGGCUGGUACACGAUUCUUGGAGUCGCUACGGCUGACGCACUGACUCUAGGCCGACAACGGUGGUACUGCAUCUGCAGGGUGUCGCCCUAA